GUUCGGGCCGUCCCUGAACGCUCGUGACUAUCCUCUUGGACUUGGUCCUCGCUUCUCUUCUACGGCACGCGUGUCUUUGCUCGUCUCGCGUUCCUUCGAGUCUCAAAGAUACGCGAUCACGCACGGGAACCUAACUCUGUACACGGUUGUUCGCGAUAUGCGUAUUUUUAAAUUAUCUUCGACGUCGCGCAUCCCCUUCUGGUAUAUACGCAAGCAAAAGAAGAGGGAACAAUUCUUCCGCUGCCGUUCUUCCUCGCGAAAAGCUAAACGCUCAAUCUGAAGUGGAGAUACCCAUCCCGCCAUGGAGCGAGGAUACUGGGAGAAAUCGAGCACAGAGACAAAUAGAUACGGGUCAAUAGGCUAGCCAAAGCUGUGGAGGCAAGCGAGCUAGGGACCGAGCGGAAGACAGGGUUGGAGGCCCAUGGCCGGGAACUCUUUCAGUCGCCGGCUUUGGUCGUGGAUCUCGAUCGUGAUCCUGCUUGGAUGCGUACUUUUGUCCAGUACUCAGCAAGCACCGUGCAUUUCCUACUCGUCGAACGUAAGCGAAGUCGGCUACGAUCAACCAGAAACGGAAGUAACGAUUUUCCUAAGAGAACACUGCGACCAUGAAACCAGUGCCACGGAUAUACAAGACUUCUUGGAUCGAUCGAACUUCGACCUACAGAUCACCGUGAUACCCACGUCUCUGUCCUGCGAAACCAAGACCCGAGGCCUCGAUACUCUGUUGCGCGUACUCGGACAGAGAAAAACCAGAGCCCUGGUAGCUGUCCUCGACUCCCCUAUGUGCGAAGUUACCUCUAAACUCGCGCAACUCUGGAACGUACCGCUAUUUACGUGGACGUGCCCUUUGAAAGACACAGAGGAAAGAGAAUUUUCCUCGAUCGUCAGAUUAUCACCGUCGCUGCCAACGAUAGCAAAAGCUCUGACAGCGAUGUUGAUGCGGCUACAAUGGAAGGCUGUAUCCCUGAUAGGAACGGAUCGUGAACCGUGGCUGAGCCUCGAGAGAGCCUUGUUGAACGCCCUCAGGAGCGUCGGAGCUAUAUUACGAUUUCGAGUGAUAUUACCAUACCGUGCAUCCCUCGAAGAAGUUCGAAGAAUUCUUCGUCCCACUUACAAUGUUUCUCGCAGAGUUACGGUACUAUGUCUACCAACUUCGAAUGGAAACGACGACGAAGACGACGACGACGACGACGACAACGUUUUAACGUCUCGUGUCCUCGGCGAGUUGGACAACGCGCAGUCCUCGAGUCCAGCGUGGAACUCUAUGAUCCUGAUCGUUCAUACGAAAGACGAUGGCCUCUUCCUGCCCAGAACGAACUCCUCGUUUUCUCAUCUGGAUCUCUCGCUAACGAGUUUUGCGACCACCAAUUUUUCCUCGUCGAACGUGUCCGACGAAACUUAUUCGCCUGUGACUAUCAGCAAUUACGAGGGGCAAACGGUGGAAAAACAGGAAGGACGAAAGUUACGACACCGACGGAGCGAACAAAGGGGGAAAAAUCGGUAUUCUCCGCCGACGAGUCUCAGUGUCGACUUUCUGGAGAAACUGCUGAUCGUAACUCCACUCGACCAUAGAUACGACGUAGAGAAAAUAUACAAUGGCACGGAACGACACUCGUUGCCGACAGUGUUCGAUCAUUUGAACGAAACCCUCAACGUCUUAACGUACGACAACUCGAGUAUAAACGCAUUCAACAACAAGAUAUACACGUACGUCUUAUUGGAUUGGCGUAUCAAUGCCUGGAAGCCCAUCAUGAUCGCCGCGGAACGACAAAGAAGAUUCUUCGUGCGGAAAUUAUCCACGAACGCUGUCGCGUUUCGCGAUUCGAAUAGCAGAGACGUUCCUAAAUGUAACGUGGACGUUGACGCUAACGAUGACAUCGAAUGCACGGGUAGAGACAGCCAAAAACCAAACUAUAUAGAGAAUUCUCCCAGCGAAACGGCGUUUCGUAUCGCACAUAUCGUGACCAUCGUUCUGGGAUCUCUGCUGCUGACCUUGUUCGCGAUAUUGAUCGCGAUCUUAAUUAGGAAAAAGCUGCUGAAGAAGAGAAUGUCCAAAGGUCCCUACAAGAUCAUUUUAACCACUUCAGACUUUGUAUUUCCUCAAGUGCCUCGAAUGGAUGCCAGAAGGGUAGACGAGGGUAUCGAGACGAUGUUGUGCUGUUGGUUGCAGCAACUGCAAGAGUUUGGAGGCCCCGAAGUAGAAAAACCAGAUCUGCUUCAACUAGGGAGCGUGUCAUCGUUGAGGCCCUAUCUACGAGCGAGCACGGGGAACUUGUCGCGUCAUAACUUAUUUAAAGACCCGCGCGCUAGAUAUAACGGUGACUUGGUGCAGCUGAAGGAGUUGCCGACCCAGGGCACGUUUGAGCUGAAAAACAAGGCCAUGGACGUGCUGGUCACGAUUCAUGGGCUGCGCCACGAGAAUUUGAAUCCCUUAAUCGGAUGUUUGAACGAACCCACGAGGCCGUGCCUAGUUUACGAAUACUGUUCGAGAGGAUCGCUGGAGGAUGUCCUGAUGCAGGACGAGAUCAAACUCGACUGGUCCUUCAGGCUAUCCUUACUUACCGAUCUCGUACGGGGUAUGAGGUAUCUUCACGGUACACCUGCGCGGGUACACGGUUAUCUCACUUCGAGGAACUGCGUCAUAGAUGCUCGCUGGGUCCUCAAAGUAACCGAUUAUGGACUACCUGCUUUUUACGAGGCGCAAAACAUCGUCUCACCUACGAAAACUGCUCGAGAUCUCUUGUGGACGGCACCAGAACUCUUGAGGCAUCCAAACAUGCGAAAGAAGGGCACUCAGGCGGGGGACGUUUACAGUUUUGGCAUUAUUAUGCAGGAAGUAGUGGUUCGUGGUGAACCAUUCUGCAUGCUUGCCUUGACGCCAGAGGACAUUAUCGAAAAAGUGAUGAAGCCGCCGCCAUUGAUUAGACCAUCGGUAAGCAAAGGCGCCGCGCCACCGGAAGCGAUAAACAUCAUGCGUCAAUGUUGGGCGGAAGCCGCCGACAUGAGGCCCGACUUCAACGACGUUCACGAUCUAUUCAAGAAACUCAAUCACGGAAGAAAAGUGAAUUUCGUGGACACGAUGUUCCAAAUGUUGGAGAAGUAUUCCAAUAACCUGGAAGAAUUGAUACGAGAGCGCACGGAGCAGUUGGACAUGGAGAAGAAGAAAACGGAACAACUCUUGAACCGAAUGUUACCCAGCUCGGUCGCUGAGAAAUUGAAGUUGGGAAUGCCCGUCGAUCCUGAGGAGUUUCGCGAAGUGACCAUCUACUUCUCAGACAUCGUUGGCUUCACGAGCAUUUCUGCUCAUUCGACACCGUUCCAAGUGGUCGAUCUUUUAAACGAUCUGUACACUUGUUUCGACGCCACCAUCAACGCGUACACCGUCUAUAAGGUGGAAACCAUAGGAGAUGCUUACAUGGUCGUGGGAGGCUGUCCAGUGAGAAUACCCGACCAUGCCUCUCAAAUCGCCACGAUGGCACUCGACUUGUUGCACCAAAGUGGUAAAUUCAAAUUGAGACACCUGCCAAGGACUCAGCUGAGACUUCGAAUCGGUCUUCACACCGGUCCAUGUUGCGCUGGCGUCGUUGGUUUAACGAUGCCAAGGUACUGUCUAUUUGGCGACACCGUUAACACCGCAUCGAGGAUGGAAUCGACGGGUGCUCCAUGGCGCAUACACUUGAGUCAAGCGACGAGGGAUCGGUUGUCUCAGGUUGGGGGAUAUCGAAUCGAGUACCGAGGCUCCACGGAAGUAAAGGGCAAAGGAAAGAUGCCUACCUACUGGUUACUGGGAAAACAAGGAUUCGACAAGGAACUGCCCAAGCCACCCUCGCUCGGGGAAAACCAAAGGAUGAACGAGAGUCUAAUCUUGGAGAAUUUGAGCACGGAAACCAUCGUGUCGCCGGAGGACGAGUCUUUGAGCAAGGAUAUGCCAGCCGAAGAGUCGACGGAUGAAAACAGAUUGGACGAGAAUCCUAAAGUCGACGCUGACAAGUCCGAGGUUCGCGUCGAAGAGAAUAAUCCAGAGGAGGGUAAAGUCGCGGUGUCUGUACACGACGAGAAAAACCUAGGGUCGAACAGUUCUCCAAAAUUAGGGACGGACUCGGGGAAAAUUGCGCCGCCGAAAGAGGCUGCGAAUAGAAAAGGAAACGAUAACGCUACUAAUGCAGUGAGAAAUUCCUCUGGCGAGACUCAAACGUCUUUGGCAGCUUCCACCGUAUACUCUGGUGAAACAGGUAUACUCGGUGCGUCGAACACUUCUUUAGCGUCGAUUUCAAGCUCGGCCACGGCUCCUUAUAGACCUGGACCUACGAGACACAGGAGGAUAGGUGGCUACAUCGACGAGAACGAUCUGAGCACGCCGUACAAUUAUUACAGGUGUCUUUCGCCGAACGAACACUAUGGCAAAACAUCGAGCCUGGGCUCCCGUUUCCUGAAGAGACAAUUCAGCCUGGAUCGCCCAGACGAAAUCGUUAGCGUCACCUUCGGCGACCAGAACAAUCAACGCCAGCAGCAGCAACAACAACAACCGCAGCAGCAACAACAGAAUCUGAAACCCGCGGCGAGACUCUUCAAGCAAAACAGCGCUGGUGCGGCGAACGACUUGGAACGUAUCGAAGAAGUUCCAACGACUCCUGCGCCCCUUUUUCAGCAUUACAGACAGGCAGCGUCGAUUUCGCUCUCCGUCGAAUCCCUGACGCUUCGUUGAAACUUGGAACGUUGAACGCUUGCUCCACGAGUAACUCCUGCGUUAAAAUUUCCCACGAACAAUGACAAUCGCCACGCGUCAAGGAGCUGCAAUGAUCCUGUAUGAAUUGUAAACCGAGAACUCGUUUCAGAAAGAAGAUGUUUCGUUCUACGUGAAAUUAACUUUACAAUCCUAUUUCCGCAACCACUGAUAAUCGACAGUCAAUGUGAAUCGUGUGUAUUCAUAGCUCGAUAAGUUUAGUAAGACUUCUGAGACUGGGUUACACGAAUUCAGGAAUCCUACUUAACUUGACGGGCUACGCGCAAGAGAUGAUAGAAUGUAGGGAAAAGAUGAAUUAUACGGUCCCGUUAUCGCGGAUGACAAUCUCUAUUACGUACAAACGUUCAUGCAUACGCAUUUAUUCUUGUUUCUUUUUAACGUCGAAUGAAUAUUAUACAUUCUGCGAAUGAACAGAGUGAGAUCAUCGUAUAUUUUUUAGAAAAUACUUUCUGAUGGUAAACGGGUGUAAAAGCGUUGAUUGGAUCUAACGAUUUAAAUUAAUUUUUCUCUCGUGUAUUAAAUCCAAUAUCGUUCAAAAAUAAAAUGAACGAAUCUGUUUAAUAGUGUUCGUUAGACGCGCUGACAGGGUAACAGGGAGGAACUUUUACUUUCCACUGAAAUUUCUGACUUUUGCACAUUGUUAUCAUUCCGAGACUCUUCAUUAUCGCUUCCAAAUCGUCGACAAUAAUUCGAAAUCUUAACGCAUAGGAGUGUGUGUAGUUUGUUCCGUAUUUUAAAUUUUUUGUUCGUCUCUUCGUGCAAUUAUCCCGAGAAUCGAUUACGCGAUUUCCUCGAAUACGACUCGAGACUAACAAUAAGUAGAUUAAAGAAUCAAAGUGCAUUUCGAUGCGCCAAAGAAAAUUACAUACGUACAUUACAUACGUCCGAACGGUGAGCCAAUUUUAGGGGAAACGCAAGAAAGGCACGUAAGCGGACGUGGCUGGUGUGGUUAUGCAAUAAUCUGUGUGUUAGAUGUAUAACAUAAGUGUACAUAGGAUAUACGAUAUAGAUUGACGAUUUCGAUGUGACGAGGAUUCGCGCGCGAGAAUUUUAUUGAGAAUCCUCCGAGUGUUUGCGUCGAUCGAAUCGGCGCUGUUUCAGAAUUUUACUGAUACGAUUUGUCAACGAAAGACGACAAAACGGUAAUAAAACGUAACGUACAAGUAUUUCUUAAGAUUACACUAAAUGAAUGUCAUCGGAGAUCGGAAAUGGGCAAAAUUCCUAUCUAAAUACAAAACGAAUAAAGAACAGAAGGCAAAUAAAAUUAUAUUUCCUGUUUGAUUAUCUUUCUCUUUAUUCGUCGUUCCAUCGUUCGAAUACAAUUUUGCCCAUCUCUAUCCAAGACGAACGAAACCACAUGUUCAUGGUUUCUUUUCCGUAACGAUGCGACCGAAGAUGUAUUAUUGAAUGGAUGUUACAACGCGUUAACAUAAUAUUAAGUCCUGAGAAGUAAAAUUUUAUCGAUUGAAAA